AUGGGGCGCUACACCGGGAAGACGUGCCGCCUGAUUUUCAUGAUCGUUCUUGCGGUGAUGAUUUUCUUUGCAGAGAUUAUCGCCGGAUAUAUGGGAAACUCCAUAGCACUGGUGUCGGAUGCGUACAACAUGCUGUCGGGCCUUCUGUCGCUCAUCGUGGGUCUUGCAUCGAUCCGCCUGUCACGCCGACCCCCAUCAGAACGCAGCACCUACGGGCUGUCCAGGGCUGAGGUGGUGGGGGCGUUGGCUAAUGCCGUCUUCCUCGCCGCACUUUGCUUAUCUGUCUCGCUCCAAGCCCUACAGAGGCUGGCCGAUCCGGACAUCAUUGACGAUCCCAUGCUGGUGCUGAUCGUAGGCGCACUGGGUCUAGCGGUCAACGUAGGCGGCCUGUUUCUAUUCCAGGACUUUAGCUGCUGUCGCCGUGGGAAUGGGCGGCGAGGACAAACAAGCUGCAACGGGGCAGCGCAAGAAACUAAACAGAAAGAUGAGGAGAACGAACCAGGUGCCCCGGUUCUGGAUGACGGCAUCAUCGAACAGAAGGGAGAGGAAAAAAGGAGCCAGCCGCUCAAUAUGCGAGGAGUCCUGCUCCAUGUCCUGAACGAUGUUCUUGGCUCCGUGGCAGUGGUGGUCACCUCGGCGGUGUUCUACGUUCGGCCGCUGGAGAACAAAGAGCAGUGCAACUGGCAGUGCUACCUGGACCCCUUGCUCACCAUGCUCAUGGUGGCACUUAUCAUGACUCCUACCAUGCCUUUUUUCAAGGAGACCAUAAGCAUCUUGCUGCAGAGGAGCCCCGCCGAUUUACAGCUUAGCACCAUCAUGGAGGACAUCUCCAAGAUCCAUGGGGUCUGGGGCGUCCAUGACAUACACGUCUGGGAGCUGAUUCAUGGCCGGAAUGUGGCCACCCUCCACAUCAAGUGUGAGGACACAACCGCAUUCAAGGUGUUCUCCCAGCAGGUCCGGAAGGUCUUCCACCAGGCCGGGGUACACAGCGUCACCAUCCAGCCUGAGUUUGAGCAGGGGUCUGAGCAAAAGGCACUCUGUAGCACCCCCUGCCUGUCAGCCGCAUGUCAGAAGCAGUCCUGCUGCCAAGCACCCCCCUUGCCCCUGUCUUUUCAGAAUGUCCACCUACCUGUGCCUUUUGUGGUUCCCCUUCAGGACGUGAAUGAGCACCCCCCAGAGGCAGAAGAGACACAUACCAGCACCAAAUUAUAA